AAAUUACAGAAAAUAAUCUUUUAGAAAAUGAGAUUUGGACUAAAGAAGAGCUUUUAAAAUUUAAAAAAUUAUAUUAUAAAGAAAAGGAUAUUAUUGAAAAACAAGAUGAUGAUAAUCAAGAUUUAGAAAAUGAAAUAAAUUUAUUACAAAAUAAUGAUUUUAAAAAAAUUUUUGAAAAAAAUUGUUGUGAAAAAAAUUGUUUACAAACUCAAGUUGAAUAUUCU